AUGGACACUCGCAAACGCAAAAAGAAGGUCCUGUUGAUGGGCAAGAGCGGCUCAGGCAAGUCCUCGAUGCGCAGCAUCAUCUUCAGCAACUACGUCGCAAAAGACGUCCGCCGCCUUGGAGCCACUAUAGAUGUCGAGCAUAGCCAUGCUAAGUUCAUGGGUAACUUGACACUGAAUCUGUGGGACUGUGGAGGCCAGGAUGCUUUUAUGGAUUCAUAUCUCAAUGCACAACGUGAGAAUGUAUUCUCCGAUGCUGAAGUCCUCAUCUAUGUCUUUGACAUUGAAUCCCGCGCCGUCGAUCAGGAUCUCGAAACCUAUGGUCAGGUCGUCAAGGCUCUGAAGGAAUACAGUCCGCACGCCCACGUUUUCUGCCUCAUUCACAAGAUGGACUUGGUUCAGAAUGAACAUCGAGAAAGGAUAUAUGAGGAACGCUGCCGCUUGAUCAUUGCCCGAUCUGAAGGCCUCAGUCUUGAGACUUUUGCCAGCAGUAUCUGGGACCAAACCCUUUAUAAAGCCUGGGCCGGCAUUGUCCACAAGAUGAUACCAAAUCUUGUCGUUAUUGAGAAGUUCCUCAAUGCAUUUUCAAAACAGCUCUCCGCUGAAGAAAUCGUCCUUUUUGAAAGGUCCACUUUCCUCACCGUUACUAACGUUGUGAAUGAAUAUGGCCAAGAGAAUCCCAGCCACGAUCGGCACGAACGCAUCUCCAACAUCAUGAAGACCUACAAGCAUACUGUUGCUAGAAACACUAGAACCACUGCCGCCAGCGCCGGCUUUUUGCUAUUCAAGGUCCAAACACCCAGCUUCAACUGCUUUCUCGCCCGCUUCACGGAGAACACCUACAUCUUCGUUGUUGUUCCACCAGGUGAAGCCGCUUUCAAUUGCGCCGUGCUCAAUACCAUCAUGGCAAGAGACGUCUUUAGCAAGAAAACUGGUGUCGAGGGCUGA